AUGCAUCUGCUGACAAUAUUAGUAGCAACACUACUGGCUCUUUACGUUAACGGCUGCUUUAAUACGAUAGGUAACAAUGGUAAUGAGCGCAAGGAAUUUGAAGAAUUUAAAGAAAAAUUCGGCAAAAUGUAUAGCCCUGAAGAGGAAGAGCAGCGCUUUAAGAACUUCGUUGCAAACCUCCAGCGUGUUAAAGCGCUCCAGGAGGAGUCUUCAUCUACCACUGAAUUUGGAGUGACAAAGUUCUUCGAUUUGACGCCUGAAGAGUUUGCCGCUCGAUACACUAACUUGAAACCUCAAAAUGUGCGCAAUGAACACGAGGAACCUGAAGAGGGUUUCCAUGAAACAGAACGGUUGUAUUCUAAAACGCUCCAAGGGAAAGCCUACUAAUCAUGUUGUUGCAUUCCCUGUACUGGUCAUAACCUUUUGAAUUUAGCUCACUAUCACCUCCUACUUCAUCGAGUUUAAAACAGAGGAAAUGCUAAGUAUCUUUGUAUCAUACCGGUGAAUAAAAUCUCUCGUAACAUCA